AUGCCUUCCAUCACAAAUAAACAGUCAUUCAACGCCUCCAAUGGCGAUAACCAUGUCCAUGAUUAUUUUCAUCGAGAAGGUAAAGAUUUGAACAUCUUUGAGUCAAUCUGUCUCAAAAAAGGAGAGAAUCGCUUGAAUCAAUGCCGAAGCGCACUCAGGCUCCACCAUAUCAGGCACAUCAGCCACAUACGAUCUGCCCAACAACAAACCCUAACGUUACACCGUCAAGGUUGUAAUUUACACCAUCGGAAACACCGCGACCUUGAAAUCGUUCAUCCACGGGCAAAACCAGCGACCUCGCCAUCGACGAUCGUCUUCGAACCCAAAUUGGAUCGAAUUACGGAAACAACCGGCCCAACCGAUCGAACACGAUCAUCGCAAAGGCGUCAGAUCCGUCGAGUGUGUUUGAACGCGAUCUUCGCAAAGGCCUCAAACCCAAACGUCACUAACGUAUCGGUGAUUGCGAUCGUAGAUGAUUUCGUCGAAUCGAAUCAAAGCUUCUUGGGGUCGGGGAUUAGAUUAGGGCUUGAGCCUCGGAGAGAGACGGUUGGCGGGUUUUCUGUGAUCUGUUUGGGCUUUGGGUUUGGGGAUUUUUGUUUCUCCUCAGGGCUUAUGAAUACGAUUGUCUCAGAUCUCAGUUUGUCGAUUUGGAUGGGCUACGGGCUUGUUUGGUUUUGUUGCUUCUCCGGCCCAAGAAAAGAAGUGGCCCGUGUUCAAUAA